GUGUUUGUGUAAGUUGACAGUACUCAGUAACGCCACUCUCGGGUUAGUCCGUUUUCAGUUCUCCAUGGAGCAAGAGGCACGGGACACCCCGUCUGCAGGGCCGAGGACAGCCGGGGACGAGCCGUCGGACGUUGGGAUGGAUGAUUUCGAGUCCUACGUUCACGUUGAACUCGACUUGGAGAAGAACGACGGCGGCCCUGAAGGGACACACAGUGGCUCCUAUCUCACCCCAGCUGUGCUUCAGAAGGAAGACGAGAAUGCUGAUGAGGAGGAGGAGGAUGGUGAUGAUGAAGAUGACAGCGACAGCGGCACUGACCAUUUUAACACCGAAAAGUCAGGGACUCAGCUGCAGAGAUGUGAGCGCCAGGCAGGAGGGAACUCGAGCCUCCCCGACACCUUCCAGACCAGCCACCUGCUGUUCUACGAGAGGUUCAAGGCGUACCAAGACUACAUGCUCGGAGACUGCAAGCCGUCCGAGGUAAAGGCCUUCGCAGCAGACUACCUGGAGAAGGUGGUGGAACCGUGUGAUUGGUUGGCUCUGUGGUCUACUGAUGUCUUUGAUGUCCUGGUGGAGGUGUGCGAUCUGGACUUGAAGGAUCUGAAGGCGUGUGUGAGGCUGGUGCUGCCUCUGCAGUGUGACACCAGAGGCUGUGAGCUCACCGAGGAGGCCAUGGCGUCUCUGCUGGAGGCCACUCAGCACCGGCUCCCUCUGCAGGAGCUCCUGGUGGUCUACGAGCAGUCUGGGGACUUUGAUCAGACCGCCCUCGCUCUCGAGCACCUCAGGUUUUUCUAUACACACAUCUGGAGGCAGUGGGACGAGGAAGAUGAAGAUGAUGACUUUGACUACUUUGUUCGUUGUGUGGAGCCUCGUCUUAGGCUCUACUACGACAUCUUAGAAGACAGAGUCCCAUCAGGCCUGGUGGCGGAGUACCAGUCCUUACUGGAAAACUGCUCCCAGUGCUUCCAGAAGUUCUCCGUUCUGCGCAGAGGCCUCAGCACCGACUCGGACACAGAGCUGGACAACGUGUCCAUGGUGGAGGGCCUGAAGCUCUACGACCAGCUGGAGACGCUCAAACGCAAGCUGCACAUCAUCGAGAACCCCCUGUUGAGGUACGUUCUGGGCUACAGCGGUAAUGCCAGUCAGAAGUGUGUGCAGAGCCGUGGGCUCAGAGCGUCGGGUAUGAAGGUGGUCCAUGUGGUCACAGCCUCCUGCAGCACCACCCAGCUCCAGUCCCUCCUCAGUGACCGACUGCUGCCUCUGUGUUCCUCUGAGGACACUGAUAUUCAGUUCUAUAGAGACCCAGUGUCAGCGGUGGAAAAUAGCCAUCAGGGUGACGUGGUCAUUGUUCUCCCAGGAAUCUACAGUGUCAGCAACUCCAUUUUCCUACCAGACUCCAUCACUAUAGAAGGCUUCGGGCUCCCUGAUGAGGUGGUUAUUGAGAAGAAAAACAAGGGCGACUCGUUUGUGGAGUCCACAGGAGCCGAUGUCAGACUGUCCAACAUCAAGUUCAUCCAGCACGAUGCCAUCGAGGGCAUUCUGUGUGUGCGUCAGGGGACUCUGAACAUGGAGAACUGUGUGCUGCAGUGUGAGACCACGGGUGUGAUCGUCCGAACAUCCGCUCGUCUCACCAUGAACAUGUGUGACCUGUACGGCUCCAAGGGGGCUGGUGUGGAGAUUUACCCCGGCAGUGUUUGCAGUCUGGUUGGUAACGGCAUCCAUCACUGUAAGGACGGGAUCCUCAUCAAGGACUUUGCUGGUGAGCUUGACGUGAUGCCGUCAAUCACCAUGGAGAACAAUGUGAUCCACAACAACGAAGGCUACGGGGUGAUUCUAGUGAAAUCCAACAACGGGGAACAACCUGGAGUUCCUCUGGACCAAAGUGAGGAUGGCCCUGCUGGACCCACGGCUGAAGACAAACAGCAGGCGGGUGUUACCGAUCCAACAGACCUGACAAGAAGCAGUUCGGCAGACGUUAAGUCGGAGUCGGCAGAGAACAGCAACAGCACAGACUGUGACGGAGCCUCCACCUCAGGCAGGAAGUGGCACCUGAUACGCCAGCUGAGCAGAAACAAAGAGACGUCCUGCAGCCGAGCUGUCCAGGACCUGAUGGACCACCAGAUCUUCGUCUCCAUUCAGGGAAACCAGUUCAGACGCAACGGCAUGGGUGACCUCGGCACCUUUUUCUACUGAGCGACGGCUUCAGACUUGGCGGUUUGUCGACACACGCCGGCACACUCGGAGCCGUCACGCAUCUUUUUUUUUAAAUCCUUCCACGGUUUAUUUGAUGACCGCUUUGUGUUUUUUUGUUUUUUUUAGAUGAUUUCUUUUGUUUGUUUCAUGAGAUACAUAUUGCUGAUUCACAGCAGAGACGAUGAUCGUGUUCCCGUGUAGGAAGUGUGAUGUGAUCAGUUAUGAUGCCUAUGUGUGUGUCACUCUGGCUUUGACUCUGACUUCUUCCAGUUUGAACUUGCACAAAUGCUUUUAUCUUAUUUAUUCCUUUUUGGGCUCCUAAUGCUAAAUGUUUUUAAUAUUGUUUUUUUUUUUUUUUUUUUUUAAAUCCACUUGUCACUUUGAAUGCAGUUUUGUUGGUUCCACUUCAGAUUGAAUAAUUGUAACCUUUUUAAGGUGGUAGCUUGUUUUGAAAGCAGUGCACAGUUCACAGAAAGAUUAGUUUCCUUUUGUUCACAAGAUGUUCACGUGGUGCCUCUGUGCUUUUAAAGGUUUGAUGGUGUAUGUUAUGGUCGAGGGAAGUCUUCAGGUUGACAGACUGAUUGAUGAUACAAAUGAGUCUUAAACUGUUACUUGUGAGGAUUGUGAAUAUAAUGAAUGUCCUGCACAU